GCCAAGCGGAGGCGGAGAGGGCAGGUCGGUUGCUAACGCUUGGGGAAGUGCAGCGCUCGCGCCUGUCUCAUUAGGUGGCUGCAGGCUUCAGCCUCUCCGGGUCAUCACAUUGGAAAUGUCAGAAAAGGAGAACAACUUCCCGCCGCUGCCCAAGUUCAUUCCUCUGAAGCCUUGUUUCUACCAGAACUUCUCUGACGAGAUCCCCAUUGAGCAUCAGGUCCUAGUGAAGAGGAUCUACCGGCUGUGGCUGUUCUACUGCGCCACACUGGGGGUCAACCUCAUCGCCUGCCUGGCCUGGUGGAUCGGUGGUGGCUCAGGAGCCAACUUUGGCUUGGCCCUGCUCUGGCUGCUGCUCUUCUCCCCCUGUAGCUACGUGUGCUGGUUCCGGCCUGCUUAUAAGGCCUUCCGGGCCGACAGUUCCUUCAAUUUCAUGGCGUUUUUCUUUAUCUUCGGAGCCCAGUUUGUCCUGACCAUCAUCCAGGCUGUCGGUUUCUCAGGAUGGGGUGCCUGUGGUUGGCUGGCAGCGAUUGGGUUCUUCCAGACCAGUGUCGGGGCUGCCGUGAUCAUGCUGUUUCCAGCCAUCUUGUUCACAAUGUCAGCUGCUAUGAUGGCCAUUGUGAUCAUAAAGGUACACAGGAUCUACCGGGGAACUGGUGGAAGCUUCCAGAAGGCACAGACAGAGUGGAGCAAUGGCACUUGGCGGAACCCUCUGUCUCGGGAGGCCCAGUUCAACAACUUCUCAGGGAACAGCCUGCCUGAGUACCCCACUGUGCCCACCUAUCCGGCCAGUGGCAGCCAGUGGCCUUAGAGGGAGCUGAUUGGCCUUACCACUCGCCUGCCACCUCCAGCCCUCCUCCUCCUUCCCAUCCACUCCUACAGCCAUGCUGGGUCUGAUGAGGCCCUAAGCAUCUGUCCCCUGUCCCUCUCAGGUAGGGCGACAGCAGGGGUUGGUGGCCACCAGGAGCUCCCCAGGUGGGACGCAGACCCCAGCAGCUCUUUGGCACUGUGCCCAUCUCACAUCCAAGAGCAGAGGUCCUUGCAAGUACUGCCCAGAAACUACUGGCCCCACCAGCCAGCAGAAGGACCCCCUCUUGCUCCUGAAAAGUUUUGGUCACGUAAUGUCCAGUGCAGCAGCCACACCCUCUCCCCUUGGGGUCUGAGAGGGCUGACUUCUUUGGGCCUCCUUAGGAAGUCAGAAGCAGGCUGGCCGCCCUCUCUCCCAGAGCUGGUGACACUAAGAAGGGCUUCUGAAAUCCACCUCACCCCUGUCAGGGCCAUCACCCUCACCCAGUACCCAGGAAGAGGAAGGCCUUCUCAA